GAGACUGAGCAAGGUGUCUCUCAAUAGAGAAUGGGCUCCACAAAAUCAGUUCAUGCAUUAGAGUUAGAUCCUGGUCCCACUGCCAGUGGCCACAAUUUCCAAAGAAAUGAGGAGACAACAAAAUCCCAAAUGUUUUAAUUGUGGUACAAUAGGACAUCUGAGAAGAGAUUGUAGACAAGGGAUUCCUAGGAAUAAUAUCUCCUCUGGGAAUGGCAAGAAUAGGAGGACUCAGCCUUCAGGUAUAUGUAGGAAGUGUGGCAAAGGUUGACAUUGGACCAAUAAAUGUUCAACAAAAGACAAGACAAUCCAAUACCUUCAGGAAACUCCUCAGGGGGCUUCUUGUAGGCCCCCAUGAUAAACGUGGUAUAAUCAUUUCCAGUUACUGUGGAAAACAAGUCUCACCAGGAAAAUCUAAAAAUCCAGCGCCUACUGUAAAAAAGCAUACUGGUCUGAAUGAUGGAAUAGACAUGGAGGAUGAAUCAAAAACUCCAGUAGGACAUAGGAAGCAUAUAUUCUGGCAGACUUCUAUAAAUGAUCAAAGACCAAAGCUAAGAGUGUGUAUAGAUGUCAUUGUUAUUGAAGACUUGAUAGACACAGAUGCAGAUGUAAGUAUCAUUACUCCAGAAUCUUGGCAUCCAAAUUGACCUCUUCAAGAGGCAGGUGUUCAGUUCCUAGGAAUUGAAACCUUAUCUCAAGUGAAACAAAGAAUGAGAUAGGUUGAAUAUAUAGGGCCAGAAGGACAUAGAGGAAGGCUCAGGCCAUAUGUAGCUAAUCUUGCAGUAAAUUUGUGAGGUCAUGACCUAUUGUAGCAAUGGAAUGCUCAGAUUAACAUUCCUGCAGCUCCCCCAAAACUCAUGUUUCUGGGGAAGAUAUUAGAAGAUGUUAUAGACAAAGGUCACCAGCCAUUCAUACUUACAAGAACACAAAGCAAUUGACAAACCUUCAGAGGUACUAAUGGCCCUACCUUUAAAAUGGUUAACUGAGAAACCAGUAUGAGUUAAACAGUGGCCUUUAACAAAAGAAAAGCUGCAGACUUUAGAAUAGCUGGUGCAAGAGCAACUAGAUGCUCACCAUAUUGAAGAAUCUACUAGCCCUUGAAUUCUCCUGUAUUUGUUGUUGAAAAGAAAUCUAGAAAAUGGAGAAUGGCGACAGAUCUUAGAGCUAUCAAGAAGGUUAUUCAACCUAUGGGCCCUCCACAAUCUGGGAUUCCUCUGCCUUCUGUAUCAAAAGGGCGGCCUCUCCUAGUUAUUGAUUUAAAGGAUUGUUUCUUCACUAUACUUUUACAAGAAAAGGCUAGAGAAAAAUUUGCCUUCACGGUGUCUACUUACAAUAAUUCUCGGCCUACUAGGAGAACCAAUGGACCAUCCUCUCACAGAAAAUGCUCAAUAGCCCCACCCUGUGCCAAUACUUUGUCAGUCAGCCACUGAAAAUAAUACGUAAGCAUUUUCCUAAGUCUACCAUUUCCUAAAUCUACCAUUACAUGGAUAACAUUUUGUUAUGAGAUUCAAAUUCAGUUACUUUAAAAAAAAUGUUUGAAAAAGUAAAAGUUUUGCCUAAAUGGGAAUUACAAAUUGCCCCUAAAAAGAUUCAAAGAGGAAAUUCUGUUAAUUAUGUAGGUUACAGAAUAUGUUUACAGAAAAUUAGAACACAAAAGGCACAAAUUUGGAGAAACCGAUUGCAGACUUUAAUGACUGUCAAAGAUUGUUAGGAGAUAUUUCCAGUCUACGACUGGCUGUUGGGAUAACAGCUAAUCUAAUAAUUCAUUGAAACAAAAUCUUAGAUGGUGACAAAGACUUAAAUAGUCCCAUAGAAUUAACAGAUGAAGUGAAAAAGGAAUUGAUAAUUGUUGAGGAGAAAUUACAGGAGGUACACAUAGAUAGGAUGAAUCCAAAUCUUAAUUGUAUUCUAAGUCAUAUUGUCUUCCAGAAUUUCUCCUACAGAAAUUUUAAUACAGAGGGAUGUUAUUAUCUUAAAAUAGAUCUUUUACCACAUAAACCAAGUAAAAAGUUAAAAACUUAUGUGGAAAAAGUCUUUGAAUUAAUUAUAAAAGGUAAAUUGAGACUACCUCAGUUAGCAGUAUACACCCAACAGAGAUUAUAGUGUUUUUUACUACUAAUAAAAUAAAAAAGUUAUGAAAAGACAAUGAACCGUGGCAAAGAACUUGUGUUAUUUUUUUGGGGAGAAAUUAAUAGCAAUUAUCCUAAAAGUGAUAGACUUAGCCUUAUAAAGAGAACUUCUUGGAUUCUUCUCCAAACUACGUGAUGCACCAAUAUCUGGAGCCUGCUUAUUUUAUACUGAUGCAAAUAAAUCAGGGAAGGCAGGUUACAAAUCAAAAGAAUUAAGGAAGGUGGAACUAAGCACUUAUAAUUCUGUCUAGAAGGCAAUAUUAUAUGCUAUUUUUAUGGUACUAAGAGAUUUUAAAGAAUCUCUUAAUAUAGUUACUGAUUCACAAUAUGCAAAAAGAGUUGUCCUACAUAUUAAGACCACUAAAUUUAUACCAGAUAAUACAAAAUUAACUAUCAGAGAUUUAAAAAAGGAAAAAUCAAAUGGGAUAAUAAUUUAGUGAGAACUUCUUCACACUAAUAAUAAUAGUAGGUAGUAGAGUGAAUACUUGUGAGUUAUUACUUAUGGAUAAAUUUACAUUAGUAUAGUUUUUGUAUAUUGAUGAAGUUCAAAUUAUACUUGUUUCUGAUUACAAUAUUUGUGAACUUAUGCAAAGUUAUUCUGUCAGAUUGUAUGCAUGCACGUUUCUACCUCUGUUUAAGACAUUUUGUAUAUUGAUACAGUUUUUAGGAUAUAUUUUCAUAUUGCAUUAUAUACUAUUCUUACCUCUGAUCAAGAUACUUAUACAUUGUUUACAUUUUGAGUUCAUUGUCUUUGUUUGCUACACAUUUGUUUACAAUUUAUUUAAUAUUUUGAUAUAAAGUCUUAGUCUUUAAGUUAUGCAGGUAUUACAUAUUAUAGGUUAAUAGUUAUUCAUGUUUUUUAUACAUAUAGUCAGAUUAAUUAGGAUCUUCAGAUACAUAGAAAUUGUAUUCUGCCUAGAUAGGUAAUCUUCAACUACUUCAAGGAUCUGUAAAACAUAGCAUUUAAGUAACUUAGGGUUCUGUUGACACGAGAUAUGAUUGCUCCUGACAGCACUAAUCUAUUCCCAAGAGAAUGUUGAGCACCGAAGACACUCCCCACCCUUCUCUCCCUUCCUUCUACUCCCCUCCCUCUUUCCCUUUCCCACCGCAUCCACACUACCAUCCUUGCUCUGCUUGCUUCCCCCUCCCCUACCUUUACCUCUCUCUCCUUGUACCUUUCAUGCUACCUCCAUCUUGGCCGUUGUCUCUAACUACCCCACGCACACCAGCCCAGGUAGAGAACAUGCUCAAAGUCAGUGUCUUACUUAGCGUUUCUAUUGCUGCAAUGAAAUACUAUGACCCAAAUGCAAGUUGGGGAGGAAAGGGUUUAUUCAGCUUAUGCCUCUAUAUUGCUGUCCACCAUUGAAGAAGUCAGUACAGGAACUCAAACAGGGCAGGAUCCUGGAGGCAGGAGCUGACACAGAAGCCUUGGAGAGGAGCUGCUUUCUGGCUUGCUUUCCCUAGCUUAUUCAACCUGCUUUUUUUUUUUUUUUUUUUUUUUUUUUUUUUUUUUAUAGAACCCAGGGCCAACAGCUCAAGGCUGAUACCACCCACUUGGGCUGGACCUUCCCUCAUUGAGUCACUAAUUGAGAAAAUGCCCUACAGCACUAGUAUGUGGUUAAUCACAGCUGAUUCUUCAGCCUCUGCUAACCAGAACCACAGAAUCUUUAUUCAAAAUAACAAAAGGCUUUGCGAGAAUCUUUAAACUUUCCUCUGAAACUUCACAAGCCAGGCCUUAGUCUUCUGGUUGCUCUUAACAUUCUUGAGUUUCAAGGUCCUAACGAACACCCCCACUGAGCUCUUAACACUCAGUUAUUCUUCUAGCCCAAAGUCCCAAAGUCAUUCCACAAUUAUCCCCAAAUCAUGACCAGGGUUGUCCCAGCAACACCCCAGUAUACUGGUACCAGGUUUUCUUAGGGUUUCUUCUAUUCCAUAACCAAAAAGCAAGUUUGGGAGGGAAGGGUCCAAGAAUAAAAAUAUAAAAAUGUGGACUCCAGAAAUAGGAAUGUAAAAAUAAAGAAAUAUGAUGAAGUUAUAAGCCUAGGAGAAUGAGAACAGAGUGUCAGCAGCUUUCUUAGCAGCUUGAGGAUUAACUAUUCACAGUGGGUUACUCCACUUUAUAACCCAUAGCUCUAUUUACAAGGCCAAAGCAUCUCUCCUCAAACCGAGAGCUAGCCUACGGAUAUGAGUCAACUUUUAGAAAAUAGUUAUAUGACCUCUGGGUUAGGCAUUAUCCCUGCUAUGUUAAACCGGCAGCAUCAAGCAGAUGGCAAGGGCUUCAGGAAACACCACCUGAGGUUAAGUACACACAGUUUAACUAAAAAACUGUUAAUGGAGAUUGUAAAGUAAGGCGAUCUGUAUCUGAGAUUUACCUUAAAAUUGUAAAAAUUUCUUUGUUCAGACCUACUGCUUGGUGCCUAGUAUAAAAGAGUGGAUUCAGAAACCUGCCUUUGCCGCAGCCUUACCUCCCCACCCCAAAAAAAUCUGGCUGUGGUCUCAGCUGAUAACUUUUUGUGCCCCAUGGAGAUUUUUUAUUUAAUUUUUAAAAAUUUUUUUCCUGGAUUCUGGAAUAAAGUUUGUGUCUGGUUUAUUAGACGUUGGUGGUCUGUCCCUAUCUUUGCGCAAUCCUCCUGAAUCCAACAGGAGGAGUGGGUUUACUCAGCUUACUCUACGUUGCUGUUUACCUCUGAAGGACAUCAGGACAGGAACUUAAAAGGAGCAGGUUCCUAGAGGCAGGAGCUGAAGCAGAGGCCUUGGAGAAGUGCUGCUUCCUGGCUUGCUGUCCCUGGCUUUCUCAGAGGGCUUUCUUAUAGAACCCAGGGCCAUCAGCCCAGGGAUAGCACCACUCACCAUGGCUGGGACCCUCCCCCAUUGAUCAGGAAUUGAGAAAAUGCCUUACAGCUGGAUCUCAGGGAGGCAUUUUGUCAACUAAGCUCCUUCCUCUCUGGUGACUCUAGCUUGGGUCAAGGUAACACACAAAAUCCACCAGCACUGUCAGGAUGGUUCAAAGGAUCUUGCCUCAGAAACAAACACAACAGUAGCCUUUGCUACCUAAACAUUCAUCUUAUCUUUUUGAAGUGGGAGUCAGCAAGAUUUUUGAAGGGAAUCAGUACAGUUUAUACCACAAAGUAAACUCCAGGGAACCCUAGCCUAGGACUUAGACCUAUUUCAUGAUAAACACUAAUUAUCUUAGAAUUUUUGUUUAAAUAUUCAUUAUUCUAAUUUUAAUCAUUUUGUGAAACUUAUUACCAGACUUCUUCCACCUUCUUAUUUAUUACUAUUAUUAUUAUUACUAUUAUUAUUGUUGUUGUUGUUUGAGACACGGUUUCUCUAUGUGUAAUUCUGGCUUUCCUGAAACUAUCUCUGUAGUCCAAAUUGGCCUCUAACUCACAGAGAUCCAUCAGCCUCUGCCUCACCGAAGCUGAGAUUAAAGGUAUAUGCCACCACCACCUGCCUAAUUUUGGCCCUUUCUUAGGGAGUAAAACAAAGCAGACAAACAAACAAAAAACAAACAAAACAACAACAAAAAAAAGGAGAAAAACAAAAAAAGAAAAGAAAAGAAACCACACAAGGAAAGUGCCAAGUGCUGGCAAAGGUGGAAGCUGGAGACCUGGAUGUGGGAUUCCUCACUAGCUGGAUGGCAUAAAGGCACCAGUAUGCUGGUUUGUAGGCAGGGCCCAGAGGCCACGUUGAGUUAUGGGUUGGCACCUUAAACCCUUCAGUAAGGCACCAAGACCCUUCCCCUGCCUGAGAUCUCCUCACCUGAGAUGGCCAGGAGCUCCUACAGUCAGAGGCUGCCUUAAUCACAGAUUAUGUCCCCCUCUUCAGGGUCCUGCAUGUGAGGUCCCCUAGAAGUCAAAGUUCAGCAGCUCUGUUGAGUGGGGGAGGAGAGGUCUCUCUGAAAUACUGCAGGGAGGAGGAGGCGUCAAAAGGAAAUGUGGAUUUGGGGGAAUCUAACCAAACACCUAUUUUCCACGGCAAGCCAAAGAAAGGUCCGUGAUUGUCCUAGCCUACCAGCCAUGGGGGAGACAGUAACAUUUGUUUGUUUUUCUUCACAGAUGUCAUCUAUCUUAUCGUUGAUUAUACCUCCUUUUUGCUUUAAGAAAAUUGAAAUCCCCUACCCAGGGAAUAAGACCAAAAGAAAAAACAAAACAAAACAAGAUUGCCCUAGGCCUGAGUGUGGAAAGGAUGAACUUCUCCCAACUCUCUUCAUAUAUUCUUGCCUCACCAAAUUCCAAAGACCUAACAGCAACCCUGCACGCAUGAAUGCCUCUUGUCCACUGCAAAAUACUUCCCACCUGGCCAGCACCCUAACUAAUCUACUGGCUACACCUCUCCUGGCUACACCUCUCCUGAUUAAUAACUCUCUGGCACGGCCAUCUCUGUAAAUCUGUACAUAAUUCAAACUAGUCAACCGGCACCUUCCACGAGGACACAGGUUCACCACGCACCCUUUCUCCUCAAAAAACAUGACUCUCAUAGCCUAGCUGGUUCACUGUGGUGUGCUGAGUUAGCUGUGUGCUUCUGCCUUGUGGUGGGAAGAUAUUUUACUGUUUGAUCUCAUACCUCUCUGGUGUGGGGAUGUAUAAGACAGGGAUCUCUUACUCAGGAGUGGGGUUACUAGGGAGUGAUCAGGAUAGAGGGAUGCUUGAACCAUGAAGCAUCUGAGAAGCCUGCUUAGAGCAACUUGUGUGCAGAUUGACAGCCAGAGGCCAGCAGCCUUGCCAGUGCCUGGGAAGCACAGCUGUACUUCUGGGCGACAAGUUUGACCUUGAAAAUCUAAGUGAAGGAACAAAGGGUCUGGAGGUCAAAGGGAGAAGAAAUAUUUGAGAAACAUCCUCCCCCUGUUUCACUCCAGCUCCCAAGAGCAAAUUGUUGUCUCCAGAGUGUCAAACGUAAGGUUAGUUCUGUGAAAUUAGGCUUUCUCUUUUCUCACCUAAGAUGUGGACUAGAGGCAUGUCGUCUUCCUACCUUAAAGAUCCUGGGUAGAGGUGGAUCGUCCUGCCUCAAAUUAAGGAAAAAAAAAUCUCUUACAGGUGGCCGCCAUGUUUGGAUUUUAGAUAGUUUCAGAUGUAGUUACCUCGACAAUCAAGGAUAGGGUUGAGGGAAAACAGUCAUUUAGGGAACAAGCAAACAAGCUGCAGAAAGGAAUGUUACCACAGGGGCAUUGCCUCUGCCAUCUUGGAAGCUAGUUCAAAACCAGGGUCCUGUCCAUUUGUUGCCCCACCCACCACUGAAGUGAAAGUCUUGGCGCGCACGUCUACAGACCUUUCUGCUUUGGCUGUUGUGUAGAUUUGUCUUAAAAGGAACGCCAAACUUUGAGGUGGGAAGAUGGAAGGCUUUAACUUUCAUCAUGACUCCGGAAGACAUACACCUGAUGGGAUUUUUUUUUUUUUUUUAAAUUUGCUUUUUUGAGACAGGGUUCCAGCCCUGGCUGCCCUGAAACUCACAGAGAUACCCUGCCUCUGCCUCCUGAGUGCUCGGAUUAAAGGUGCGAGCCACCAACUCCAGGCUUUGAUUGGGAUUGUAAGGAGAAAAGACACACCUUUACUCUGGGCCACACCUUCUGUUGGAAGCCUACUUAAGAACCUGGAAGAAGGAAGCUUUUGACUUUUCCUGCUUGCUCCUACCCUGCUAGCAAGUCCAUUCGUCCUCUGGCGUCAGAGACUCUUCCUUUGGGAUGUCAGCAUCUGAUGAAGACCAGCGGAGCCAGCUAGCCUGCUUAAAUGAAGAAGUGAGCUUCUACGAGAGGGAAAGCAUCCUGCCUGCUGAAAGGACACCAGUUCCAUAUAUGGAGAAGGACGCUGGGGACAUAGAGUCUGCUAAGCUGUUCUUAGAAGAUCCUGCCCUGUCAUCUCCUGACCAACCAGCCCAGCAUCAAGAUGAAGCUCAGGUGUCAGCAGCAGAGCUGGCUGCCAGGGGGAAGCACAGUCUGAGGUGGGAGAAGCCCUAUGACGUGGGAGCUGGGCUCCAGAACACGGGGAACAGCUGCUACCUGAAUGCUGCCCUGCAGUGCCUGACACACACACCACCUCUUGUCAACUGCCUGCUGUCCUGGGAGCACUCUCAGAAACGUUGUAACCAAGGAAGCUGCAUGAUGUGUGCUAUGAAAUAUCACGUGUCCCGCAGUCUCCUCCGCGCGAGGGGUGUCAUGCGGCCUUCAAGGGCGCUGACUGGUGCCUUCCAUAAGGACAAGCAGGAAGAUGCCCAUGAGUUUCUGAUGUUCAUCUUGAAUGCCAUGCACACAUCCUGUCUCCAAGAAAGCAAGGACUCGGGGUCCACAUCUGAGCACAGCACCCUCAUCCGUGAGAUAUUUGGAGGCUCCUGGAGAUCUCAGAUCAAGUGUCACCGCUGCCAGGAAACCACAAACAUUUUAGAGCCUUUCCUUGACAUCACCCUGGAUAUCAAAGCAGCUCAGAGUGUGGAGCAAGCCUUGGAGGCUUUAGUAAAGGAGGAAGAGCUGAGUGGGGAAAAUGCCUACCACUGCGGCCACUGUCAGGAGAAGACGGCAGCUUCCAAGACUCUGACUGUGCAGGAUGCCCCAAAGGUUCUCCUGCUGGUGUUGAAUCGCUUCUCAGAGUUCACAGGUGACAACAAGACCAGGGAAGUGAGCUACCCUGAGUCCCUUUAUUUCCAGCCAUACGUAUCUCAGUCCAGUGGAGGCCCAUUGGUGUAUGCCCUGUAUGCUGUGCUGGUCCAUAAUGGUCAGACUUGUCAUAGCGGCCAUUACUUUUGUUAUGUCAAAGCUGGCAAUGGCCAAUGGUAUGAGAUGGAUGAUUGUACUGUCAACAGAUGUGAUGUGAUUUUGGUCCUGAGGCAGCCUGCCUAUGUGCUCUUCUACAUCCAGCAGACUGCUCUCACAGGGAGUGCUGUGGAUGCUCCCACGGGCAGAGUAAGCAGGGAUCUUUGCCCAGAAUCCCAGGUAGGAACAUCCGGGCAGAGAAUGACCAGCAGAGGGUUCACCAUAGAAAUGUCAGAGCCGCUAGAUUUCACAAAGGAAAGAGAUACCAACGAUUUCUUAGACCAGUGCAAUAUGUUUUCUGACUACCCAAGCCUGUGGUGAAUCUUGGCAAAACCGGAUUCACUCUGUCAGCCAAAUGGAGUUGUGAUUCUCCAGUCCACAUACAGAGAGUGAACUGGGGGAGGCACCAUCCCCAUCACGACAGGAAGAAUCACCCCGGUCAACAUUCUGCCAGGCUUCUGUCUCAUCUGGGGAUCGAUCACGGACACACUGGGCAGCUCUGUAGUGAGGGUGGUAGACCAAGAUCUAAGAAGCAGAUAAACUAAGGUAGGAGGCAUCUGGCUGUUUUCUAGGUCUCACCUCACUCCCUGCCCCUGGGAUCUGUGAUCUUGAAGGUAACUUUGGAGAGAGAGAGAGAGAGAUGGGAACCUGUGCUCUAGGCAGGACAGAAUUUCUCACCCUGAAGGUUCACUCCACCUUCCCCUGUGUCCUCCACUGUUGUUCCUGCGACCCUAGGAAAGUCACUUUGGACAUGAAAGAGACCGCUCAGAGAUCUGGUCUAGUUAACCCUCAGUAGUCUUUUGUAUUUGGGAGGUGAUGUCUUGUAGCGCCCCCUACUGGAGCUCAUGGACCCAAAGUAGGGUAGAUGCUGCCACCCACAAGUUUUAUAUUUAGGAUUUCCUCUCAGCCAAGGAGGUGCUGGCCAGACCCACUUUUAAAGCUAAUUCCUUUUUAAAAACCUUUCUCUCGGUUUUACUGAAUAGAACACAUUGGGGGGAUAGUUUUAUUCAUUGUGUUUGAACUACAGUUCUUUUAC